CCCCCCUUUACCCAUAGUGUUUCUGCUAGUCAGUAAUCGGUCUACUAGAUUUGCCCGGUGCUUGCCUAUUUCGCAUUUGAGACGGGAGAGAUCUGUUAAUACCAUGAAGACUUCACUGAUUAUUGGAACCGUUAUCCUGGCUUUAGCUGUUGCCAGUGUUCAUGGAGUAUAUAGGCGCCCGAUGUACAAAAAACUUGUUCCGGUCUCAAAAUCUUAUGCCAGACAAAUAAGAAAGUACUAUCGGCCUUAUCAACAACGGAUACAAAAUAUCAUCAGAGGCAAUUAUGGUAGACGUUACGACAGUAAGAAAACGUAUCCCUCUCAGAAAAUAAGAACGGUCUACAGAAGAGUACCUAUAAUUAAACCAAUGACGAUAUAUAAGAGAAUUCCCGUAUACAAGCCAGUAAUUAAAACAUACAUAAAGAAAGUUCCAUACGUAAAGGAAGUACCAGUUAUCAAGACAGUUUACAAAAACAAAUUCAUUCCUAAGACCAUCAGAGUCGAAGUCCCAGUCGCAAGUCCCGUUCGUGUUCCAGUUGAGGUUCCAGUUCCUCAGCCAAUGGCUCCAAUUAUAGACGAACCAGUUUUUGACAACAAUAACAAUAUCGGUCUUUCUUCAUCAAAAGUAAAAACAGAAAGUUCAAACAGCGGCAGUGGCGACAUAAACAUAGGACUAGGAAUCGGAUUGGGCGGCGUCGGAGUAGGAACUGCUGGGGAUGGAAAAGCUGUCGGAGUCGGAUCAGGAAACGGACAUAAUAUAGAAAUUGGUGGUCCAAAUAUUGAGAUUGGAGGUCCGAAAAUAGACAUCGGUGGUCCACAUGAUGGUUUUGGUGGCCCACAUGAUGGCUUUGGUGGCCCACACAUGGACAUGGGUGGCCCAAAUAUUGACAUGGGUGGCCCACAUAUUGACAUCGGUGGCCCACCCAUUGAUAUGGGUGGACCACAAUUUAAUAGCCCAAAUAUGGACUUAGGCGGAAAUAUUGGAGGAGCGCCAGGCAUGGAUUUCGGAUUUGGCGUCGGGGGAAUGGAUGGUGGUAUGGGAAUGGGGGUGAGCGACCUAGGCGGAAGUGUCGGCGGAGGUAUGGGCGGAAAGCAUGGUGGAGCAGGUUUCGGAGUGGGUGGAAAUGAUCUCGCCGGAGGGGUUGGUUUCGGCAGUGGAUCAAUGGGAGGAGCAGGAGGAGGUGGAGCUAUGGACACUAACGGUGUGGGUAUUGGAAUAGGGCAUGGGGAUGGAAGUUUCGGAAUCGGUAUUGGUCGUGCCAUGCCAGAACCAAGAGAUACCCUCAUUGUCUCUGAUGCCGACCACGUCAGAAUCGGGGAACACGACUUUAGAGGACGUGGAGGCAGAGGCAGGAACCUUUUCAUUCAUGACGCCGACCAUGUUACAUCAGCAGGCGGGGGUCAUCAAGGACAUAAUGGCGGUGGUAAUGACGGUUUCAACAACCCUGUUGCCAUCUUCGGAGUAGACAACGGAGGCAAUGGAGGUAGUGUUGGAGGAAACGGAAUGGACAACGGUAUUAAUCUGGACGGUCUCGGAGGUGGAAACGGAGGCAUUGAAUCCGGGCAUGGAUUUGACAACGGAGUUGGAUUAGACGGACUUGGAGGUCCAUCUGAUCUCGGCCAUAACGGCGGAUUUGAAAACCACGGUGGAUUCAUCGACGGCAAUGGUGGUGGUAUAUUCGACCAAGGAAUCAACGGAGGAGGUUUCAUGGAUAACUUUAACAAUGCUGGUUCUAUUGACAGCAACUUGGGAGGACCUUUCGUCGAACCUCUGGUUGGUGGAAACCUGGAUGGAAACAUCAACAUCGUCAAAAAUGGCGGAUCUCUCGAUCAAGGAAUCGGUGGCGGCGUAGGACAUCUUGAUUUUGGUGGCCAUGGACACAUGGAUCAUGGAGUAGUUGGUGUAGAUGCAGGAGCUAAAGCCACAACAAAUGUUAAUGUAAAUGUAAAUUCAAAUGCCGCUGCUCAUGGCACAGGAGGGUCUGGUUUCGGCAUGGGACCCGGUCACGUGGACAUCUUACCCGCACCAAUUGAUCAUGGUCUUGCACAUGGCGGCCCAAUAAUUGAUGCAGGUCACGGAGUUCACUCAGGAGGUCACACGGGCAAGGGCAAACGUAUUUAAGCGAAUGUCAUUCCAUUGGAGGAUAGAGGAGCCAUGUAGCAUCUAGGAUUAUUUAUGUCGUUGUCCAAUUUCAUCUGUGUAAUUUAACAAAAUAUCAUUUUGCAUAUAAAAUCAUUUGAAUAAA